AUGCAACGGGAUUGCCAUCUGGUGACUCAAGUUUACGACGUCCUUCAUUUGGUGUGGAAAACAUACCACUACAGCCCAAAAAGCAAGCGUGAUUUGAAGACCCUUGGAAGCCAGCUUGGAAUUGACGUGUUGCAGCCAACUCGAGUGAAAGGAUCAAGGUGGUUACCACAUGUCAGCAGAGCCCUUGACGUGUUCAUUAAACCAGUGAAGGAUGGAGAUUUGGCAAAAGAUGAAUCGCAGUAUGCAGCUGUUCUACAGCACAUGGAGCACUUAGCCUCAACGUCUCCUAAAGCAGAAAUCAAAGGCAGAGCAUUUAAUGUUGCUCGCGCUAUGAAAAAGGUUUCCUUCCUUGUUUUUUGCCAUUUUCUUGCUGAUAUGUUUCAGAUUCUUGGUAAACUAAGCCUGCAUUUCCAACGAAAUGACUUAAUACUUCCAAGCGCUCUUGCUAUUCUAAAGGAAACAGUUGAAAACAUUAAGAGCCUGCCUAAACGACCAAUUCCCGGUGGAAGAAUGGAAACCCUUCUAGCAAGU